AUGUCGGUAGCAAACGGAAUAAAACUUUAUUCUUGUAGUACUCCUAACGGAUACAAGGUCUCAAUCUUAUUAGAAUUGUUAGGACUUAAAUAUGACGCCCAGUAUAUCGAUAUCAGCAAGAACGAACAAAAGGCAGACUGGUUUCUUAAGAUGAACCCUAAUGGUAGAAUUCCAACUUUGGUUGAUUCGAGUACUGGAAUCACUAUCAGUGAAACUGCAGCAAUUAUGCAAUACCUUGUGGACACUUACGAUAAAAGUCAUAGAUUCUCGUACGAAAUGGGCUCGAAGAAUUACUACUUACAAUUGGAAACAUUGUACUUCCAAAUGGCAGGAUUAGGCCCAAUGCAAGGCCAGGCAAACCACUUUGUUAAGUUUGCUCCUGAGAAAAUUGAAUACGGUGUCAAUAGAUAUACAGCUGAAACAAAGAGAUUGUAUUCAGUAGUCGAAGAGUACUUGAAACGUAACCAGAGUAACGGUUUAUACCUUGUGGGAGAUCACUAUUGUAUUUCUGACAUUGCAGUCUUUUCGUGGGCCAAGUUUUUGAGUGGUCUUGAUAUUGACAUCAAACAAUGGCCUUUGACCAGUAAAUGGUUUGAUGCCUUAGAUAAAUUGCCAGAAGUUGAAAAAGGGCUCACAGUACCAAGGGAAUCCCCUUUCCUCAAAAAGAAUUAG